UAUACAAGAAUACGAUAUAUAUAAACAUGGAUACGCUUCCCACGAUACGAAGGCCGAAGAAGCUCAAAAAAUGGCCGGUGGAAAGGUGUCCUUCAAGGUCACGCUCACUUCCGAUCCAAAACUUCCGUUCAAAGUCUUUAGCGUUCCAGAAGCGGCUCCGUUCACCGCCGUCCUGAAAUUCGCAGCUGAAGAAUUCAAAGUUCCUCCUCAGACCAGCGCUAUCAUCACCAACGAUGGUGUAGGAAUCAAUCCUCAACAAAGUGCAGGUAUGUCAAUUCCUACUCUUUAUGGUUUAGUUUGCAUAUUCAGUUCAACAUUCUAUUGUGGUUGUCUUUUACCUAAUGUUACUAUUAUUCUGCACAAGAUGAAAUAUGUUAUCCCUUGCAGCAAUACUUUUGUUGUGAACCUUAUCGGUUUACUGUAGAGAAGUAUCUGUGGAAAUUUUGGUGCAAAAUUUCACUAUUUUUGACCUUUUUAGUUCUAAAAAUUAUUGGCCAAUAGAUUUGAAGAGCUGACUUGAAUUUUAAGAAAUUUAACAAAUUUCUUGGUUGUGGUUGUACAACUAAUUAGGACAGGAUUUUACCUAUGCUUGAAUUCACAUGUAAUAUUUGACCUAAUGGAAAUACUGCCACUAGUCUACUUGAUUCUUGUCACUCAAGGCUUACCGUAUUGAGUAUUGGAUUGAUUAAAAAUGUUGUGCAUGCCAUCUAUGAAUCUACUUGGUGUGGUAAGUCAAUCAGGACUUAGUGAUCUACAAGUAGUUUUUUUUUUUUUUUUUGGUUUUCUGGUUUGUUUCUUCAUUGUGUGUUAUGACCCGCAAAUUGUGCUUUUGUUUAAUCUGUAUUAUCACAUUUGAUUGGGGCGAUGUUUUUACAUUCUUAUUUUAGAUUUUGGAUUUGUGCUGGUUCUUUAACCACUGCAGUAUUCGUGUGCCUGUCCCAAGCAGUUGGGACUUGGGAUGGUGUUGCUGUAAUUAUUUGUCCAUGCUGUCUGUAGUUUGUAUUAAUUUUUUCACAUGCUAGAAUUUUAAUUAUACUAAUUACUUGAAUUUGAUUGGCUCUAGGUAAUGUUUUUCUCAAACAUGGUUCUGAACUCCGCCUGAUUCCCCGUGAUAGAGUUGGAGCUUUUGCGACUUUGGGUGCUGCCUUAGUAUCAGGGUGAAGAGAUUGGACUACAUUCUCUAGUCCAUUUGAAUAGGUAAUACAUCCUGGAUGUAUUUUCUCGAGUUUUCUUGGCUUUCAAUGAGUUGGAGGAUUGUCAUACUCUCCUGAGCAUCAUAUUACUGUAAUUGGCUCUAAUAAAAAAGAUACUAAUAUAGUCAA